GUGUCCGCGAGCCACCUCCGCGGCGCUAUAAAGUGCGGUGCCGGGGGCGUCGCGGAGCGGGCGUGACGGGCGGGUGUGAGGGGGUGCAUCGCUGCCGCCAUGGGGAACACCGUGGCCAGAGAGGAUUUCGAGUGGGUCUACACGGACCAGCCCCACGCCGACCGCCGCAAGGAGAUCUUGGCUAAACAUCCAGAGAUAAAAGCAUUGAUGAAACCAGACUACAACCUGAUCUGGGUGGUUGUGCUGAUGGUUCUGGCGCAGUUGACUGCAUUUUAUCUAGUUAAAGACUUGGACUGGAAAUGGGUAGUCUUCUGGGCAUACGUGUUUGGAAGCUGUAUUAGCCACUCCAUGACUCUGGCUAUUCAUGAGAUCUCUCACAAUAGUGCCUUUGGCAACAGCAAAGCCAUGUGGAAUCGAUGGUUUGGAAUAUUUGCCAACCUCCCUCUUGGUCUCCCAUACUCCAUAUCCUUCAAGAGAUACCACAUGGAUCAUCAUCGUUACUUGGGAGGUGAUGGAAUUGAUGUGGACAUUCCUACCAACUUCGAAGGCUGGUUUUUCUGCACCCCAUUUAGGAAGUUCAUGUGGAUUGUUCUACAGCCUUUUUUCUAUGCAAUUAGACCACUCUGCAUCAAUCCCAAACCCAUUACUCGACUUGAAGUAAUCAAUUUGUUGGCUCAGCUUUCCUUUGAUGUUGUGAUCUAUUAUUUAUGGGGAGUCAAAUCCAUUUUUUACAUGCUUGCUGGUUCAGUACUUGGACUUGGGUUGCACCCAAUUUCAGGACACUUCAUAGCUGAACAUUACAUGUUUUUAAAAGGACAUGAGACCUAUUCCUACUAUGGGCCACUUAAUUUGCUCACUUUUAAUGUUGGCUAUCACAACGAACAUCAUGACUUCCCCAAUAUUCCUGGCAAGAGCCUUCCAUUGGUGAAGAAAAUAGCGGCUGAAUACUAUGACAACCUGCCACAAUAUAACUCUUGGAUAAAAGUACUAUAUGACUUCGUGAUGGAUGACACAAUCAGCCCAUAUUCACGCAUGAAAAGGCAAUUAAAGGGUGAAGUGAAGCAAGAGUAAACUUCUGGCAACCAAAAAACUUUGAAAUGUCUGCUUGCUUUAAAGUGGCUGGUAUAAAGGUCUCUUGCUAAAGCUGUUCACCUGUGUCCUGAAUUAAGAUGUACAGCAACAUAGCAAUGCAUCCUUAAGGACUUUGUAGCAGACUCCUACCAGCUAUAACAUUCCUCACAGUCCUCAGAAUUGUUGGUUUAAUGUAUCUCUGUUUGCCUAAGGAUCAGUGUUAUAUGCAUAAUGCAAAAUCACUUUGUUACAGGAUUUACUUUGGUAGGUGUUAAAUCGAUAUAAAAUAUGUCUGACUCAUAAUAUUUUAAAAGUUCCCAAUGUACUAUACUGCCCUCAACAUGCUGUUUAGAUGACUGUAGUUUUAAAAGGCUGUACUUACCUGUUAAUUCUGAACUAACAUAAUUUGUUAACUUAAACCUUCUGUUGAAAAUGUUUCCAAACUUAUGGUUGGAAGAGCUAAAUUUGCACAGAAAUGUUAAGUCUGCUUUUGUUUGAAUAUGUAAUAUGUCAUUUGAAGCAUUGCUUUAAAGUUUUAGCUUUUCUACUUAAAGUACCUUAAAGGAGCAAUCUGUCAGAAUGAAACCAGUAUCCUCGAGAUGGCUUCUGUGACUUCUUUGUUGAAAAAAAAAAAAAAGUGGGGAAUUCAAGGGUAUUGCCAACUCUGUGGUCCCCCUUACUGCCUGAGCUGCUUAUGUUGGCAUAUAGUGUGAGCAGGUGGCAUUUAGGAAACUUAAAAUAACUGAUUUGGGUUUUCACAUUGGAAAAAUUGUUACAGUUUGAGGUUUUUCUCAUCUUCGAAGAAAAAUGAUUACCAUGUUACCAUGGUUUUAAAUGCCAUAAAUAUUUACACUCAUUUGGAAAUCUGGCUUGUAUGGAAAAUGGAAUAGAUUGAAACUGAUAUUGUUCUGGCAAACAAGGCUUGCUACAACCACUGACAGUUUUACUUAUUGAGCAUAUUAGUAAUUUAUGGUUGUUAAAUAAUCUUGUUUGGUUUUUUCCUCAUAAACCUACAGUACCCUUCAUAAAUACUUGUCUUUCUUACAUAUUAAAAUGUGGUGAGAAGUGGUGAUAUCAAA